UCGGUAAACUUCAAUUGAUAAAAUAAAAAUAAACAAUUUGUUUGUGAUAUCUUGAAGUCAAAACGAGAGCGUACUGUUCGUAAUUUUGAGAAGUUAAAAAUGUAAAGAUAGAUAAUUAAUGGUCUGGAGAAGGACUUGAACGUGACCACGAAAUUCUAAUCAUAAUACUCGAUUCUUCUUAAUUUGCUAUUGUUUAUUAAUUCAUCUCCGAGAAUGUUAUAAAAAAAUACUUUACCAAAUAUAAAAUGAAUCAUAAAUCCUUCAUAGGAAAUCCUUGAAUAUAUCGAUUAAAAGAUCUCCACUUAAUUAAUAAAUAAACAUGUAAUCAUAUGGGUGAAAGCUUAAAUGAGCGUAUAGAAAAUUUACGUAAACAAAGCAGGCAUUUAUUAACUCAAGUAGAUAAGAGUUCUAAAAAAGUUAAAGACGAAAUCAAGAAAUUACAUUCUGAAAAUUUGACAUUCAGAGAUAAUUUUAAAAAUCAUGUUGGCAAGACAAAUGCAUCAAGUGUGCCUUAUAAGAAAGACAGCAGAUCAUGGAAAUUGAGAAAUGAUUCUAGUGGAGUUAGUGAAGUCUUACGACCAGAUUAUUUCUGUAAUAGCCCUAAACAGACACCUGCAUCAAUGCCUAAUACAUCAACAGCAAAGAGGAUAUUAAUAUCUUCAAAAAAACACUCUGAAAAUCAGCAUUGCUUGGGAAAUAUUCACAGAAAACCUGUCAAAGAGUGUUACUGUAACCCUGAAAUUAAAAAAGCACAGCUAAGACCCACAAGGACACAGUAUAAACCACGUUCUCCCAAUAAAAGAUGCAAGAGUCAUACCUUUUCUCCUGCUAUAACGAUAGAAGAUACUUGUGAGAAGUCAGCAUUAUCGUCACCUAUUAGUUGUGAAACAUUGAGGAGAGUCCAGAAAAUAGAUUAUGCACCUAGAUCUCAAUUCUUACGCAAUGUCAGAAGCAGAAUUUCUCUCUUGCAAGCAGGAGGAGGAGACUGUCCAGAGACAUGUUACAGAUCACCACAUUAUCAUGAUCUCAUGGCCAAGAAGGAUAUAUAUAAAGCUGAUUCCAUACAUCAGUUGAAAGCUCAUGAUAAGAAAUCAGAAACUAGCUAUCACUUAGCAAAAUCUGUCCCUACAAAAUCAGAAACCAGUGAAGAAUAUUCAGGUUCUGAAGCUGAAGAUAUAGAGAAAUGUAGCACAGGAGUUCAAGUAUCUUUGAAGAAACACUUGAAGCCAAAAGUAGUAGUAAAAAGAACUCUUACCUCUAAAACAUCUGUACCUGAUAUAAAAAAGUCUAAAUCUAGUUCAAAAGUAGCAACUAAGGGUAAAAAGAUAAUACCUGGCACAGCAUGCCAGUGUUGUCAGAAGGAUAAGUUAGAACAUUCCAAAUCUAUACUAGAAAGGGAUACUUAUAUUGAUACAGAAAAGUAUCAAGACACAGUCUGUACAAACAAACUACCAGAUGAAACUAGUAGGAAAUACCUCUCUGAUAGAGAAAUGAGAGAAUUGGAGAUAUUUCGUGAACAAAACUAUUUUGACACCCAUGGAUCCAGCCAUACUUUAGCGUCGUCUAAAUCUUCUGGUUCUUUAGAGCAGUAUCUACUAAAUGACAGACUGUUUCCUGAACUAGCAAGAAGGAUACACAAGAAGGACUUAGUCGUAACAAUGCCAGCUUGUGCCACGAUACAACGAAAACGAAUCCACUAUUUCCCUAGAUACAUCGUUCGUCAAGAAAAGGGUAAUUGUAACGCAAAUAACAAGAAGAAGCGAUGUCAGACCUGUCCUCUAACCGGCCAUGCCAUAGAUCUUGGCGUCACGAAAAUAAGACCUCCCUUGAACAGUUUAGCCCUUAAGUACCAAAAACGAUUGCCUUAACUAAAACUAAUUUUAUUUUUAUUAAUAUUUUAAUUAAAUAACGCUCUAUAUCUCUAAGAGGAGACAAAGUAAAUGAAAGUUCUGAUAAUUAACUCCGGUUUAGUCAUUUGCAUUUUUUAUCAUUACUAGGGAUUUCUAAAGAAUUAGUUUCAUUUACUUUGCUCUAUUUUUUCAGCUACUAUAAAUUUUCGAAUGUAAAACAAUAAAAUUCUGUCACAUACUUUCAUCGGAAACUAGUACAACGGUAUGAUCACGUUAAUGUCCUCGGAAAAGAGUAUUUUCAGAAUCCAUGGCUUUCAGUAUGAUUCAGUGUUUAGUAAUGCGAUCGUAGCUGAAUGAAACAUUAGCCUCGACAAGAGAAGUACAAUAUAGAAUAUAGUACAUGCAUGAUGGACUACGUGAUCUCGCACAAGAACAUAAAAUCUCAUAAAUCAAAUCUUUUUUGCGACCAUGAUGAGUCGGCAAUCUUUGACAAAUUCAAGUUUGUUAGAUGCAAAUUUCUACUGAAUAAAAGAUGCGUAAACAUGAAGCAUUUAUUAAUGCGAUUAACUAAGAUCACUUGACAAAUUUUUCAAUGAACAAACGAUGGAAUUAUAGAACAUUUAUCGUCAGAUUUUUAUUCUACAACUCUACAGCACAUAUACAAUUCUAAUAAUAUUUAUUUGUAAUAUUAUUUUACUGUUGUCCACAUGCUUUAAAACAGACCAAUAAAAUUUUAUUUAUUUAAUAAUCUACAUAA